AAACUUUUAUGUAUAUUUACGCAUGUUUAUAUACCUCUUUACUACUCUAGAUUAUGAAAUAAAUGACGCAUUUGUCUUUAUUGUUCUAUUAAAUCGGUUAAGACGUGGAAUAUAAGUAUCUAGCCAUUGUUUUGAUGUUGAAACUGUAUGUUUAUGGAAUUGGUACAUUGAAAAAUCAGACGUCAGAGGCGGAUGAAAGAAUUAAAUGAUCGACUUUAGCAUAGCCGAUAAAUUAUUAGUUGUGCAUGUCAUUCGGGUUUAUUGAUUACUCUAGAGUUCGAAUGCAUUACAUGCAUGGUGCUUCUUAGUUCAAUCAUGUUUAUGAAAGCAAACAAACCAAAGUACCAUAGUUAUUUCAAGUUAUCAUUUUUACCCCGAACUUUUCAUACUGUGUUUAAUGUCGUUAACAAAAAAAAAUAGUUCAAGAAAAUAAACCGAAUUAAAGUAUUUCAAAAUAAUAAUUCCUGACUUUGGGGUGUCUUUGUUGUUUGAUUUUCUAUCGGCGGUGGCGUUUUAAAUGUUCACAAUGAGUGAAAUCGAAUAAAAUCGAACUGAUAACGCACGACCGGGUUACAUAAAUUCACACACCACUUAUGGUAUACACUGCCGCAUUUAUCAAUAUUUUUUGUGAUGGGUAAAAGCAAAGUAAUUUUUUCAUAUUGAUUUAUUUUUCAUACAUAUUAAUUUAAAAACUAGUAACUCUAAGAAAAAAACGGACGAAUUUUAAAUAAAAACAUUUGCAGCAACGCUUAUAUUGGCCUCUGUUGAUAUUAUGCAUGUAUUUUAUUUGAAAUAGGUCGUCAUGACUUUUAUUUUUGGGGUUUUAUUUUGUCCCUGAACGUUGGUAUAAGGACACAGAGGUUUUACUUGACCUACAUAUAAGAAUUUCUGAAACAAAUUUAAAUCCUGGAACAUGAAUUAAAAUCGUCAAAUCCGCGAUCGCUCAUAAUACGACAAGUACAUGUGCAGUAUAUGAAAGCGACAAUUUGUACAGGCCUAACAUACCGUAUUUACACGUGGUAGAUAUAUACUAAUUGUACCGGACAAAGUAAAUAUAGGACAGACUGAAUAGAUACGUUUCACGGUCCACAUCAUAAAUUCGUGGUUUUUCAUGUGGAACCGAACUGGAAUCUAUGACGUCAUAUCGAUGAAGGAAAAACCCUCUAGUUGUGAAUUCAUGCAGAAAUAAGAAUAUACGGAUCAUUUUUGACAAGCAAAUGCACAUGUAUAUAUGAUGUACGAAAUGGAGGUAAAAGGUCCCAAACAAUCCAUUUCAGGGAUUGAAGUUCUAGUACAGGACACGGAGGUGAGAGAUGCAGGGGUAGAGAACGAGGAGGGACGCACUGGGGCUGACAGGAUGACGGAAAUACCAGCGUAUCUACUGAAGCGUCCUCGCCGUCUUCUUCAGGCGGAUCACAGUACCGAACUAAGUCUCGCCAACGAGAGUUCAGCUGGCGGAAGUACCGAAGAUGGCGAUUUCAAACGACUCAGAAAAAUUCGAGAGAUUCGACGGAAGGAGAGAGAAAUGGCACAAAAAGAAAAUGAAGAAAUCCUGCCAAAGCUCGUGAAAGCAGAAGUUCGACAGAACAAAUUAUCCACAAACUCAAAACCUAGACCAAUUAGCGCAAGCAGAAGUAAGCAAUUCGACGAACUUCGACAAAAGCUUUUCAAGUCUGUCCUCGAGGACGAUGACAAAGCUACAAUCCAAUGUAUAGAGACCGUCAAUGCCAAAAUUCCAUUCUCUGAUGCUGUUAUGACAAAUCCAAAAACUAACGAGAACGUGCUGAAUUACGCCUUGUCCAAUAAUCUAUUCGAGAAGGCCAGUCUUCUCAUCGAAAAAGGCGACGAAACAUUGCUUCAGCAUGCAUUUUCCGUUGGUUCUACGACCAAAACAGCUCUCCUUCAAGUAACGGAGUUCAAUAAAAUUGACCUAGCAGAGAAGAUCCUAAGUCGUCUGAAGGAUGUAAAGAAAGCAAUGACGGCAACAACGAAAAUAGAAAUGAGCGACCAGCGGCCGCGGGAAUUUGCCUGUCUUCAUCUAGCGGCUUACCAUGGCUUCACAGAUCUGGUAAGACUUUACUUAAAGUUUGGAGAACCGUACGGAAUCUCGGUCGACUUUCUCAACAAGAAAAAAGACACGGCGUUGUUGUGGGCAACAAAGUGUGGACACGUGGACACAGUGCAAUUUUUGCUGUCAUUGGGUGCAGAUCCAAACAAAGGGAACGACAAAGGAUCAACAGCGUUCUAUUGGGCUAUCCGGUACGAGCAUACGGAUAUAGUUCGUCUGCUUUUAAAAAACACUCAAACGAAGGUCGAUAUCAACAAAGAACGAAAACUAGGACUCGUAGCCCCGAUUGUUCUUGCGUCAGCUUACGGGAACUAUGAAAUAGUUAAAUUGCUUCUGAAGCACGGCGCUAAUCCAAAUCACGUGAUUCCGGGAGGCCAGACUCCACUUCAUCACGCAUGUAAAGAGGGACAUGCGAAAGUAGUCAGAAAACUCCUGGAAUUCAAAGCAGACUUCACCGCCCACGACGAAAAGGGGGACACCGCUCUUUUGCUCGCAGGACGAUUCGGCCAUGCAGAUAUCGUGCGUAUUCUUUUAAACCUUGGCGAUGACCCUACACACAAGAACAAUUUAGGCCACGACUUGUGGUUCUAUGCAAUUAAUAGUAACGAUUUAUCUUUAUUGAAAACCCUUUUGGAAUACGGCGCUGCUCCAUCUGAACGGGAAUUCCAAGUAUCUACUGAUAUUUCCGGGCGUCCACAUUUUUUCACUGCUGCAGGCCACGGUCACAUCGAGAAGAUAAAAUACUUGUUUAAAGCUGGACAUGACCCAAACGAUCGCGAUAGCAACGGGAACACUUUCCUUCAUUACGCGACUUCAUUUAACCAAAGCGAGGUUAUUCGAGAAUUUCACAAAUAUGUGUCCGUAGAUACACAGAACGACAGGGGAGAAACCUGUCUACAUAUCUCGGUUAAUGCUGGUUUUGUCCAGUGUACCCGAACUCUACUCGAGGUCAACGCCAGCACGAACAUCCCAAACAAACGCGGUGAAAACAUUUUGCACAUAGCUGCGAUGUCAAAACACACAACGCCUGAGAUCGCCAAAAUGAUAGUAGAUCAUACCAUCAAAACCCACGAUUGGGAAAGUUUGAACGCCAUGGACAAUUUUGGAAACAAUGCUCUGCAUAUUGCUGCGAAGUUUGCUGUGCCAGAUGUUCUUUGGGAGUUUCGGUACCUUAGAUUCAAGGAUCUCGACGAAGAUGGAAACACUCCUUUGCACGAAGCAGUGCGAAGUGAAGAAGACUCGGAGGGUCUUGAAACUAUGUUGGACAUUUUCGAAGUAAUGAAUCGCGACGGUAAUGUCAAUCAGCUAAAUAAUAAAAAAGAGACCGUGCUGCAUUUAGCUGCAUUGGAGGGAUACCACAACACCAUCAGACGUCUAGUAUACCUGAAAGCUGAUUUGGAAGCUACAGAUUCAAAGGGAAACACCGUUCUUCACAAACUAGUCAUGAAAAUGGCAAGUGACCCAAAUAACACUAGUCGCUACUUGAGGUCUUUCGAGGUAAUUGUAGAACAAAGUACUCUAUGGUGGAGCGUUAAGAAAAAUUUGAAACUCCAUGAUCUAGGCAAAACUGUGACUGACCGUUUGCACCGUCAGGCAAUGGUUUAUCUAAUGACGACGUUAAAGAACAACAUGAACCUGUCUCCUCUUACCUUAGCAUGCAAAUUAGGAGUCUUCGAAGUACUCUCUAGAUACCUGAUGAUGAAAAACGUCACAUUUUUCAGAGAAGAGGAUAACGUCUUGAUGGACGUUACGAAUAUCAUGCCAAUGUCAUCAGUAGAUCUUUCCGCAAAAUAUUUUACGGGUAACUCUUCCAGCAAGGUCAAAACCGAAUUGUCUAUGUUGGAAAUUCUUUUGCAUGGCGUUAACAAGGAGAGAGCCUCACGGAUUCUGGAUAUUCCACCAAUGAAAGAGAUCGAAAAAAUAUACAAUGUGAUAAAUGCAGUAACUUUCACAGUAUUAAUCCUUCUCCACAUUACGUACAUGGGACUUUUCAGCUACGCAGGGAUAGAAAUAUCGAAAGAGUUUCGCCAUAAUCCUAUCAACAUAACGACCAGUUCCUCCGUGUACGUACUUGCGUACAUUGUAGUUCCGAUGGAACCACUAAUUUUUCUCCUGUACUUUAUUAUGUCGGUAAUCGAUUUGAUAAAACGUCGGGAUUUCACCAACCCGGUGUUGCAGUUCCUUCCUUUCUUGUUCUACCUGGUAUUCUCCGGCUUGGUUAUAGCAUGGUUGGUGCUCAUCACAAUACAAGAGCGGUAUCAGGACUAUGUCCUAGCCAUCUGCCUUUGUCUUGGCUGGACGUAUACUAUCACUUUUACUCGCGGGUUCAAAGCCAUCAACUACUUUUGGAGAAUGAUUCUCAACAUGAUUGUGAGCGAUGUACGUCGCUUCUUCAUUGUCUACAUUUGCGUGCUACUGGCGUUUGCGUUCACACUGCACACUUUAUUUCAAAUAUCUUACACCAUUGCUGAGACGUAUCCCACAAUGGCUGACACGAUAUUCUUGGUUUUCAAUAUCAUGGUGGGGAUGGGAGAACUAUUCGAUGACAAUUUUGAAUUAGGUAUGAGCACCGCUGGCAGAACUGCUUGGUUUGCUAAGGUAGUAUAUGUGAUUUACUUGAUUUUAGCUACCAUUGUGCUACUCAACAUGCUCAUUGCCAUGAUGAAUGACUCGUACUCACAAACACUCGCUGUCCAGAAAUACCACUGGCGAGUGGACUCCGUGCAGAUAGGAGUAGGUAUAGAGCGACUUUUGCCGUGGCUACCGAAAAUGUUUUCCAAAAUCCAACAUCGAAAAAUUCCCGGGGAAGACGAAAAGUACGAGGUUCAAAAGUAUUAUUUAAUACUCACGCAAACGGAAUUUGAAUCAAAAUACAGCCAAAUGGCAGAGCCAAUCGAUGUACAAAUCAAAGACAAAAUGAAAGAAGAUUUGGUAGAAAUCAAUAGCAGAAUGACGGAAACUGAACAACAGCUUAAAACAAUCGGAAACAAGCUGGAUCAGCUCGUGUCAUUUGUACAGAAAGGUCAAAAUACUGACCCUUCCUCUACUACCACGCCAGUCGAGGAUAUUAGUAAACUGUGAUAUUUUUUACCUGUAUUUUAUUUAUUUUAUUCAAUGCUAUGUUAAUAUUUGGUAUUACUGCAUAUAGCUAUAUGCACGUCGUUGAAUAUUUACCGGUAUGUCAUUGCAAAGGUUGCAUUUUUGCACCCGUCUUACGUGAACUUUCUACACAAUCCAUGCAUGUAAAAGGUAAAAUUAAAUCGGGUCCCACCUGAAGGAUUUGAAUAACCCAUUAGAAGAAGGCAAUUCUGAAUGUAAAAAGUGUUUCCUGUUUUAUGGAAUACCGUAUAUUGUUGGCAUCUCUUAAAAUCGUGCAGAAGUUUUCUUUUCAUUAGAAUUUGAGGAAGUAUAUUUCCUUAAAGAAUAGGGAAUUUUUCCUGUAUGUUUUACUAUCGGCAUUAAAAUCCUUUAUUCGACUAUUGGUAAUAUAAAUUUGAAUUCAAACUGGAAAAUAUUUAAUUCAGAUAGCAGUUUUUAGUAUCCUACAAGAAAAUCUAAAUACUGUAGUCUGUCCCAAUAUAUUCAUGCCGCACAUUUUGACGAAUUUUAAUAAAAAAUACACGUACCGGUGAAAGAAGCAACCCCACCCCAUAGCGUAUCGUAUGUAGAGGCGCGGAUUUACAUGUACAGGUCUGAUUUUAAUAAGAUUGCAAUUUAAGGAUUUAUUGUGAUUGAUAAUGUCUUCCUUCAAAUACUUUUUAAAAAUAUAUUUUGUAUUUUUUGUUUGACAGUCUGAGAGUAAUUAAAAUAAUAAAAUAACA